GUGGUCUUUGGUUGCAAUGGUGACGUUGUUAGGUGCACCGACUGUUCUGCUGCCGUCUUCUCACUUGAGGCGGGUCCACAAGCCUUUCAGCACACAAGUGACAUGUCACCACACCAGCUACAAGGACAGUCACGCCAAAGCUGCUCAACCGUCGGCAACCUAUUCCAGAAGAACUCUUCUGUCUUCAAUUGCUCUCUUUUCUGCUCUGCAGCGAGCAGGAGAGGUGAAGGCUUUUGGAAUUGAGUCUGUACAGCUACCUUUCUUGCCAGACUCAACAGGGGCCGCUGAGGCAGCCAAGUCAAAGCUGGAGAAGGCUGCAGCUGAGUUUGAGAAGUCAGACUUCCUGAAGGGACUCAAAGAGCGGUCUGAGCAGAACAAGGAGAAGAACAAGAAGGAAGUGCGGGACAAGUACUGCUACCGUCAGGCAGAAAUGGGAGUUGGUGAUUGCGCUGGACUGCGGCUUAUCCCUGGGAUGACCAAGAGCGGACUGCAGAAAGAAAAGACGCCCGAGAGAAAGUUUUUGGAGUUCCUCACUGGGGCCAAGGAUGAGGGGCUGUAAGUAGUAGAGUGGCCAAUUUUGUCAGCAGAACACUAACAGUAUGACAUCAAGCUGCAUAUGCUUGAAGAACUAUAAGCGAGUCUCCUUCAUGCAGGAUCUGGCACAAUCGAGUUGCAGAUGGUGCUGACACAUGACAUGCAUGUCCUGUGCACAGCGAUGCAGCUGCGAUCAAAUGCGCUCUCAAAUUUUGAUAUUACGAUUGUACAAGCAUCUGUAACAGCAUCUUAUC